GUGUUCUGCAUGGUUGUGAACUGGGUGCACGUAGCGUCGCAGGGGUCUCUCCCACUCCCUUCUCUGUCAUUACAUCCUUCAGCGAAUGCAAGUGACAUUGAGAUGUUUUCCACUGUGAAGCUUCUCUGUGCAAUCCCAGAUAAAGCUCCCUUCCCUGUAGCAGUGUUUGUAUCUCGCGCUGAUGAUCCUGCUGAAAACCCAGAGCCCUGGCCGAAACUUCAGAGAGCAGGCACUAUCCCUUUUCCCAUCAUCAUGAAGCCUGGAAUGGAAGGAGCAUAUGUGUGCUGGUACAAAUCUACUAAAACAAAAGAAAACUCUGGACUCAGCAGCUCUGUUGACCUAUUCAUAAAUUCUGUCCCCAAACCCCUCAUGUUUCUCCUUCCUUCUCCCAUCUUUCCUGUGGGUGGGAGUUAUAUUGCACAGUGUGAGACUCCUGUCAAUGAAAUCAGGAACAUCACUCUGAGCUUGUAUGAGCGUCAGCUUCCCCUCAGUCCAGGCAACGAGAAUUUCACCUUCAUAGGAUCAAGACUUCUACUACCAGGAGAAUGGGGAGUAACAAUCAAUCGAACAAAAGUUGUUAAAUCAGUUGAAUUCGCCUGCAAAAUGGAAGUGUUCUACAAAGGAAGGGUCUUUCAGUCCACUUCCAGUCCUAUGGAAGCCAUCCCAGAUGAACUGCCAGCACAUCUGUAUUCCAGCACUCGUGAAAAAAUGUCCUGUGCAGGAUAUCUACUUCUUAGAGUGAAGGAGAAUUGGACACCCAUAUGUUUCCAAAAUAAGUACACCAACAAUGAAAAUGAUUUGGCUAACAUAGUGUGCAGGGAAGCGAACUGUGGCCAUGUGCUAAGGUGGAACAGUCAUAUAACUACCAGUAUGAAUGCCAAGGCAGCACCAAGAUGUAGUGGGAAAGAGAACAGGAUAGCAGAGUGCCCUAUUUAUAACCCAAAGGACUGUGAAAAUAAAUUACUCCAUGUUAUCUGUUCAGGUGCUUUGCCCCCUCCUAAGCUCUCUGUGAAAGACCACGGUUCUGGCCCCUGGGUGUACAUCAAAUCUAAAGAGUCUGCGACACUUGUCUGCACUUUAGAGUCACAUUCAAUGGAAACAAAUGAAAGGAUAUACCUCACAAUAACACACAAAGGACAGGAACUCACUACCUCAAGAACCAGUUCAGACAUCACGGGCAACGUCUGGAGCAUAGAGUAUGGGGUGCCAACAGACAAGCAAGAAGGAGAGUACGCCUGCUUCGCCCGUCUAAGCUCACAAAACAGCAACUCAGUAUACAUCUACGUUUAUGAUCCUCCAUCUGCUGGAGCAAUAGCUGCUGCUGUUAUCACUACACUAGUAGGAGCAGCAGUUCUCAUCUACAUUUGCGUGUUUCGCACCAGUGAAGAGGUUCUGCUUAGUGAGCCAGCUGGAGCAGUGCCUUCCUCAAACAUUGAGAUAUCGCAGCCUGUCUUGGUUAGACGUCCGUUAUGUUGUUAAAGGGAAAUUCUUCCAGUUUAUCAAAAUUCUUCAUAAAUAAGUCACAGGUGUGAACAGAGUCACUCAGAGUGGUUUUACAUGAAAUGAUACA